AAACGGCGGUGAAAGAUUAGGGCAAAUUAUUUAUUGAGAACGAAAGCUCUCGAUCGAAUCCACACAGUGCGUGAGAAUUUUCCAAGGUUUUACAUGCAUAAUUGAUUCAUAGUCCAGCCUACAUUUUUAUAUGUAGGCGUAGAGAGAGAGAGUAGAUUAUAGUGUAGUGAGAGAGAAACACGUAAACGAAUACAGUCCAAGCGUACAACGAAGGAUACAGGGGUGAACACGACGCUUCCACUCACCACCACCGCCACAGUUUCCUUUCCCAUUCGCCAAUUAAACUAGUUUUCCAUUGGUUAUACGUCGCCCUCUUUCAUUUGGAUAGACGACCAGUUUUGUUCAUUAUUGGACUCUAUAAUUGAUUCAUGCUCUGUUGGAGAUUUACAAUUGCUGCCGCACCCUUAUUCCCAAAAUGGCGACUUCUCCAGCUACCGGAUUCAGCUUGGAAGGGAUCGAUCAUGUCCAGGAUUUUCCAUGGCAGAAUGGGGAAGGAUCAUCAAUGUCAUGGGAGCGGUAUAGCCAUCUCUACGACCUCAUGCACAGGGGAAACACGGCAUUUCGUGAAGACCGAUUGGAUCAGGCAAUUGAGUUAUAUUCAAGAGCUAACCACAUUAAGCCUGGUGAUUCUAUUAUUCUGAGCAACCGAUGUGCUGCCUAUCUCCGGAUUAGCCAGUUCCUCAGAAGCAGGCCUCCUUCUGCUUCAGAAUACAGGCCAUUGAAUGGGUUGGAUCCAACAACUCAUGCUGGGCUUGCACUGAAUGAUGCAGAGAAGGUGAUGAAUCUGCAAAGUAACCUAGCAACCUCCUACAUUCUUAAGGCUAAUGCUCUUAUCCUGUUGGAAAAGUAUGAGCUGGCUCAAGAUGUUAUUCGUUCGGGCCUUCAGAUUGAUCCUCAAAGUAAUGCACUUUCAAAUUUAGAGAAGAAAAUAGCCAAUACUUUUUCAAGGAGAAGCCAUGAAAAUCCUCAGCACACAGAUGAUUAUGAUUGCACUCUAUGUUUGAAGUUACUGUACGAACCAAUCACAACUCCUUGUGGGCAUUCUUUCUGUCGGUCUUGCAUGUUUCAGACUAUGGACCGAGGUAACAGAUGUCCUUUGUGUCGUACUGUUUUGUUUAUUAGUCCCAGGACAUGUGCAAUCAGUGUCACAUUGAACAAUAUAGAGAAGAGCUUUCCAGAGGAAUAUGCAGAGAGGAAAUUGGAGCAACUCAGUUUAACAAACCCUGGUCCUGAUUUGUUGCCUCUUUUUGCUAUGGAUGUUAUCCUACCGUGCCAGAAAUUACAGCUUAACAUUUUUGAACCGCGUUAUAGACUUAUGGUGAGGAGGAUAAUGGAAGGAAAUCGCCGGAUGGGAAUGGUUGUGAUUGACUCAUCAACUGGUUCAGUUGUUGAUUAUGCAUGUGAGGUGGAGAUUACGGACUGCGAGCCUCUUCCAGAUGGGCGUUUCUUUUUAGAGGUUGAAAGCCGGCGGAGAUGUCGCAUCAUUCGAAAUUGGGAUCAAGAUGGGUACCGCAUAGCCGAGGUUGAAUGGGUAGAUGACAUAUAUCCGCCAGAGGGAACUGAGAGAAAUGAUUUGCUGGAGAUGACACAUAAGGCAGCAGUUUUUGCUCGCCAAUGGAUUAAGGAGGCACAAGAAGCAGCACAAGGGGAUAGAAUAAGGCUUGCAGAGCUUUUUAAAGCCGAAGGGUUGAUGCCCCUCACACGUGAUCCUGAGCGCUUCAGUUUUUGGCUUGCUACAUUGACAAAUCGUAGGCCGUCAGAGAGAUUAGAGCUCCUUCGGCUUAGAGAUACUCGGGAGAGGAUUACAAGAUGUCUUCUUUUUAUGAAGGCGGAAGAGCAAGGAUGUAGAUUGCAGUGAAAGGCAAUUCAACAUGGUGUUGUUUGACAAUUUGAUUGUUGACAUUCUUUUCAUUUACAGGCUUAUUCAUUGAUCCACAUAGUAGAAGUGGAUUUAAAAAUGUGGGAAAGGGGAAAGAGAAUCAUGUUAUUGUUAUCGCAUACUGUAAAAAUCCAAGGCAAGAUACUAACAUGCAGUAAAUAGUAUAGCAAUUCCAGUUUUGGUGCGUGUAUAA